AUGUCACAUUUGAAGGAAUUAUUUACUGUGGCAGCUCGACCUUUACCUCCUAUCAAUAACCCCACUUUCGGGUCGUUCUUUGAUAGCUUGGGUAAAUUUAAGGUGGUUCUUCUAGGUGAUGGUAGUCACGGGACAUCAGAAUUCUACGCUGCUCGGGCAGAAAUCACCAAACGCCUGAUUGAUCACCACGGCUUCACCGUAGUUGCCGUUGAGGCUGACUGGCCCGACGCAGAAAUAAUCGAUCGUUAUGUGCGUCAGCGUCCUGGGCAUAAGUCACACCUUGGAGGCCCCCCGAGUGGCUACGACCCCUUUUCCCGCUUUCCGACAUGGAUGUGGCGAAAUCAUGAAAUGCAAGAACUAGUUGAAUGGAUGCGCAGUCACAAUGGCGCUCUGCCGGAUAAUCAGAAAGUCGGAUUCUAUGGUCUCGACCUUUACAGCAUGGGAGCGUCAAUCCAAGCAGUAAUCAAAUACCUUGACCACGUCGAUCCAGCAGCUAGCCAAGCUGCGCGACAGCGAUAUAGUUGUCUUGAAAGAUGGGUGGAUGAACCCACGGCAUAUGGACUAGCAGCCUUGUCUGGUAUGACAGAUUGUGAGAAAGGUGUUGUUCAGAUGCUAUGCGAACUUCUCAAAAAUCGGCUUGAAUAUGCACAGCACGCACAAGAUGGCGAGGAAUACCAUAGUACUGAGCAGAACGCCCACGUGGUUCGUGACGCUGAGAGUUAUUACAAAUCCAUGUACUACAGCUCAGCGUCAUCUUGGAAUCUGCGUGAUGCACAUAUGCUUGAUACCUUACAUCGGAUCAUUCAGCACAAGUCCUCAGGAGGCAAUGCCAUAAAAGCCGUGGUAUGGGCUCAUAACUCCCACUGCGGUGAUGCACGAUACACCAGCAUGGGAAUCAAAUGCAAAGAAGUCAAUAUCGGCCAACUAUGCCGUGAACAAUUCGGCCGUGAAAAUGUUGCUCUCUUAGGAUGUGGUACACACUCAGGAACUGUGGCAGCAGCACAUGGAUGGGAUGAAGAUAUGCAAAGAAUGAUAAUUUUACCGUCACGAACAGACAGUUGGGAAUAUAUAGCCCACAAGACAGGGAUUCCGAGCUUUGUGCUCGAUUUAAGACAGGAUUGUGUCGAUUCGGAAUUGGCACGUGCGUUGGAAAAGGAACCUGACCGACUUGAAAGGUUUAUUGGCGUAAUAUAUAGACCUGAAACGGAGAGGCUAUCCCACUAUUCGUCUGCUAACUUGUCCAAUCAGUUCGACGCAUACGUAUGGUUUGAUUCUACGCAGGCAGUACGACCGUUGGAGGAACAUGAACCAAUAACAGGCUUGGGAAAAGAGGAGACCUAUCCGUUUGGAUUAUAA